AUGUCAAGCGCCAAGCAGGACGUAUCCACAGCCGAGCUGGGUCAGGUUGACCCACGGUCCUCAAUCGACGGCGACGAAUCAACAUCACUCUUACCUACCCAGCGUCAACAAAAGCAACCCCCUGGCAACAACAACAAUGGUGGCAAGCGAUUGAGCACCGCCAGCAACGGCAGCAAUCACUCCCUCUCCGAGAAGGCAAGAAAGAAGAUCAUUAUUACCCUCACCACUAUUUCUGGAGCUUUGCUCGUCAUCCUCGCCUUUACUCUCAUUGGCAAGGUCGGCGACCCUCCAGUCAUCGAGAAGAACAGACCGGUGCUGAUCAAGGCCAAGAAUGGAGCAGUUGCAGCCGAGGAGAUCCAUUGCUCAGAGAUUGGUGUUGAAGUGUUGAAGGAGGGAGGAAACGCAGUGGAUGCAGCGAUUGCCUCUUGUCUGUGCAUCGGUACCAUCAACUCAUUCUCGGCCGGUAUUGGCGGAGGAGGGUUUAUGGCCAUCCGUCUACCCAAUGGGACAGUCGAGACGAUCGACUUUCGCGAGACUGCUCCUGCAGGGGCCUACUCGACCAUGUUCAAGAAGGACCCGAUGCUCGCCCAACUUGGUGGACUGUCAGUCGCAGUGCCCGGUGAAAUCAGGGGUCUCGAGUUGGCACACAAGCGCCAUGGCACACUGCCCUGGAAGAGGCUGUUUGCGCCCUCUGUCAAGAUGGCCAGGGAGGGAUGGGCGGUUGGUCCUGAGCUUGCUAAUCGCAUCCAGAGGGUACGCGAGAUGAUGGAGACUGAGCCAGACUGGAAGCAUGUGUUUGCGUCAUCGGAUGGUGUUGCACUGGUGGAAGGACAGUGGAUCAAGCGUGAGGCCCUUGCAGACACGUUGGAGAAGAUUGGUGAAGAGGGAGCGGAUGCGUUUUAUACGGGUGCGAUUGCCCAGAGGAUUGUCGACCAUGUGCAAAAGCAUGGAGGCAUCAUGACCAUGGACGACAUGAAGGGUUACAAACCCUUGGUCAAGGAGCCCGUUUUCGGAUACUACCAAGGUCGCAAGGUGUACACGUCCCCGGCACCGACCAGUGGACCAGCACUCAUCAGCAUCCUCAACAUUCUCGAGCGAUACAACAUGGGCAAAUACAAGCAGGAUAUCAACAUUGAAACCCAACGCUUUAUCGAAGCCAUGAAGUUCGGUUUUGCACAGAGGACUGAGCUGGGCGACCCCGACUUUACCGAUCUCACGAGCAUCGUCAAGUCAAUGAUCUCCAAAGACACAGCAUCAGCCAUCCGCGCCAACAUCUCCGAUACACGCACAUUCCCAGUAGAGUACUACAACCCCCACUGGGGCCCGAUCGACAACCACGGCACGACACACAUGUCGACAGUAGACAGGGAUGACAUGGCUGUAGCAUUGACCUCGACUGUCAAUCUCUUGUUUGGUUCCAAGCUGCUGGACCCGAAAACGGGCGUGAUCCUGAACAAUGAGAUGGACGACUUUUCGAUUCCCGGACAUGCGAAUGCCUUUGGACUGCAGCCCUCGCCCUUCAAUUACCCUGAGUCUGGCAAGAGACCCUUGUCGUCGUGUGUGCCAACUAUUGUUGAGCGGGAUGGCAAGUUUGAGAUGUCUCUUGGUGGAAGUGGAGGUUCCCGGAUCUUGACCGCUGUUCUGCAGACGAUGCUGAAUGUGUACAACUAUGACCUCAAUAUCAUGGAGGCGAUUGAGAACCCCCGAAUCCACCACCAGUUAAUGCCGCAUGUGGUCGAUAUCGAGGCGGGAUACCCAGAAGGCGAGAUUGCCUACCUCAGAUCGGUUGGACACAAUGUCACGAUCUUUGACCGUGCACUGGCUAAAGCUGAGAUCCAGGCCGUCAUGCGCCAGGCUGAUGGAUUUGUCUAUGCUUCCAGUGAUACUCGCAAGCAUGGCAUUGCAGCCGGGUACUAA